GGGAUGCUGCGGAAGCUGCAAAUCCAGAAAGAGGAAGAUCUGCAGUCGGUGCACGAAGUGGCUUCCCACGUGUUCAGUGAUGGAGUAACAAAUUGGGGUCGAGUGGUGACGCUCAUCUCAUUUGGUGCCUUUGUUGCAAAACACCUGAAAAGCAUAAACCAGGAGAAGUGCAUUGCCUCGUUGGCAGGGAUCAUCACAGAUGCGCUUGUCUCAUCUAAGCGCGAGUGGCUGAUGAGCCAGGGAGGCUGGGAGGGCUUUGUCGACUUCUUUCGAGUCGAGGACCUGGAAGGCAGCAUCAGAAAUGUACUGAUGGCGUUUGCAGGUGUGGCUGGACUGGGAGCAAGCUUGGCGUACAUGAUCCGGUGAGCCAGGGCAUGCUGCAGAGGGACAAAACUCGGUGGACUGGCUCUGUUUGGAGCUGGCGAGCUGAUCACUUCCUCCUGUGUGUACUUAUGAAGCUGAACUUGAGUGACCCAAGGAGAAUAUCUCGGCAUCCCCCUGAGCAAUCCUUUCCUAAGAAGGAAGGUGUGAUCUGGUCAGAUUGUGGCUACUGAUGAGGAUUUA